AAACAUUGAACAUGAGUUUAUUCUAUGAGACUGAAAAUUGCCAAGAAAAGAAAGCGAGUCAAACACUCAACUAUGAUGUCAAAGUUCUCAACAUGACUCUUCUAGCCCUCUAACUCAUCUAAUCCAACAACCUCUUAAUUUUUUAUUAUGCAACAUUCAAUUCACCAUUACAGAAUUUAAAAUAGCAGACCAUUAAACAAUCUCUCUCUCUCUCUCUCUCUCUCUCUCUCUAAGUUCAAGGAGGAACAUGAAUGAGGUAAAUCACCAAAGAAUCAAGAGCAAUGGGAUAUGGAUACAUGUAGCAGAGCAAGGAACAGGUCCCCUUGUUAUCCUUCUUCAUGGCUUCCCAGAAAACUGGUACAGUUGGCGCCAUCAGAUCAACUUCUUGGCUAACCAUGGUUACCAUGUAGUGGCACCAGACAUGAGAGGCUAUGGAGACUCUGACUCUCCUCUCACCCCAUCUUCAUACACAACUUUUCAUUUAGCUGGUGACAUCAUAGGCCUCAUGGACCAUUUUCACCAAGAAAAGGCAUAUUUAGUUGGAAUAGAUUGGGGAGCUUAUGCAGGGUGGCAUGUGAGUCUUUUUAGGCCUGAUAGAGUAAUGGGUUUUGUAGCUUUAAGUAUUCCAUAUCGACCAAGAUCUUCAACAAUCAAAGAUACUGAAUUACUUAGAAAAUCUAUUGGAGAUGGCUGUCAUAUUAUUCAGUUUCAGGAACCAGGGAGAGCAGAAAGAGCCUUUGCAAGGUAUGAUUACUUGACAGUGAUGAAGAAAUUCUUUACAAUAACAGAAGAUGAUUUUGUAGCUCCUCCAGAUACUGAGAUAAUUGAUUAUUUGAGGACACCUUGGUCUUUGCCGCCAUGGAUAACCGAAGAGGAUCUUCAGGUCUUUGCUGAGAAGUUUGAGGAGUCUGGUUUUACUGGUCCUCUUAACUACUACCGUGCCAUGGAUUUGAAUUGGGAGCUUCUUGCACCAUGGCAAGGAUCAAUAAUCAGAGUUCCAACAAAGUUCAUAGCUGGUGACAAAGAUAUUGGUUUUGAGAGUUAUCGUACUAAGGAAUAUGUUCUAGGAGAAGCUUUUAAGAGUUAUGUUCCAGAUAUUGAAGUGGUUAUUAUAGAAGAUGGGCACCAUUUUAUUCAGCAAGAGAAACCUCAACAAGUCAACAAGGAGAUACUUUCUUUCCUUCAAAAACAUUCAGUUGGUUAAGUUAAGCAAGAAUUUAAUUAUGUUGUAUCAUUAUCAUAUUUUGAUGUACUUUGAAAUAUCUCUAGUUUGCAAUGCUAAAAACUGGUGUUCAUGAACUUUACUUUCUAAGGGAGUGACACUCAUAUUUUCAGCACUUA